GCCCCCUUGAGGAGACCAUAGCGGCGCUACUCAGUGCUGCCGCCAUGUUGGGUCGGAGUGAGGUGAAGGAAGUUGGCGUCGGGUGGUGAUUUCUUUGCACCUUCACUCCUUAAAGGAUUUGUUUUUCUUCUCCUCAUACUCUACAAGCUGUUUCGGCGACGAAACGGCAUCCAAACGGCGGUGAUACCAUCUCCAAAAUAUGCCUGUCGUAGCUAGUAUCAACCUAGAUGCGAAUGGCUACUUUAUUUGUUGCUGCAGUAACAGAAGAUUCUGGAUGAACAGUUUGCCGCUGAGGAAGGAAUCUUGGUAUCUUUCAAUUUCGGCUGCAAGUGUAUAGUUUGUGCAUUGGCAUGAAUCGUUACACCACUAUGAAACAGCUUGGAGAUGGAACAUAUGGCUCUGUUCUCAUGGGAAGAUGUAUAGAUUCAGGCGAACUGGUAGCCAUUAAAAAAAUGAAGCGGAAGUUCUAUUCGUGGGACGAAUGUAUGAAUCUCAGAGAAGUCAAGUCACUGAAGAAAUUAAACCAUGCAAAUGUAAUCAAGCUGAAAGAAGUUGUAAGAGAAAAUGAUCACCUCUAUUUUGUAUUUGAGUAUAUGAAAGAAAAUCUCUAUCAGCUGAUGAGAGACAGAAACCGCCUGUUUCCUGAAUCAUCCAUAAGAAACAUCAUGUAUCAGAUACUUCAAGGUUUGGCUUUUAUCCACAAACAUGGAUUUUUUCAUCGUGACAUGAAACCAGAAAACCUCCUUUGUAUGGGACCAGAGCUUGUAAAAAUAGCUGAUUUUGGUCUAGCUCGUGAAAUUCGAUCUCGUCCGCCAUACACUGAUUACGUAUCUACAAGAUGGUAUAGAGCCCCUGAAGUUCUUCUUCGGUCAACAAAUUACAGUUCUCCUAUUGACAUGUGGGCUGUGGGUUGUAUUAUGGCAGAACUCUACACAUUAAGACCCCUUUUCCCUGGGUCUAGUGAAAUAGAUGAGAUUUUCAAAAUUUGCCAAGUUUUAGGAACACCUAAAAAGAAUAAUUGGUCAGAAGGCUAUCAGCUUGCAGCAGCCAUGAACUUCCGCUGGCCUCAGUGUGCGCCAAAUAACCUCAAGACUCUAAUUCCUAAUGCAAGUGGUGAAGCCAUUCAACUGAUGAGGGAUAUACUGCAGUGGGACCCUAAGAAGCGCCCAACCCCAAGCCAAGCACUGCGAUAUCCCUAUUUCCACGUUGGUCAAGCUCUGGGAACUCCUCAGCAAGUGCAAGAACAAGGGAAACAGCAAAGAGAAAUGCAUAACAGGCACACGGUUAAUCAGCUGAAGCCUGUGCCACCACCUCAACCCCCAGCCCUGCUUAACCCCCAUCCACCCUCAAGGCCGUUACAGCAAAUUACUCCCUCCCAGCACCAAACGAGUGUGCAACAAGCCAAUACAACGGGCUCACGUGACAGUGGGAGCAACAACGAACCAACAAAACAGCAUCAAAAUAUUCUACCUCCAAUAAACAUCAAAGUGUGUAAAAAAGUAAUCAAGACAGAGGAUAAUAUCUGCAAUAGCACCAAGCCAAAUGGCAGUGCUCGACGAUGGAGUCAUACCAUCUUGAAAGAUUUCAGCAACUGGAAUGAUUCUGGAGACUUGGAAUUUGGCUGUUCAGCUAAAAAUGCAAAUUUGAAUGAUAAAAAACGCCAAAGUCAAGAAUUGCAGUUGAAAAUGGAAAGCUUUUUAGACUUUACUCCUUCAAAUGCUAAAUCAAGCAGCAAGAAUAUUCCGACAGAUAACCUUCCUCAAGCGGAUGCGGCUUCCAGAGUUUCAUCAGCCAAGUAUCACUAUCUGAAACAGUCAAGAUAUCUGCCAGGAAUUAAUGCCAAGAAAACACCACUUGCCAAUAUAGGUAAAGAUUUCAACGUUCAUAAUCUCUGGGCCAACUCUAACCUUUCCAAUAAACCUUUAGGAGUUGCUGGAGGAGCACUUCCCCUCAGCUGUACCAACACAGUUUAUGCCUCUGGCACUGAAGCCGCUGGAGGAUACACGUCGACGUUUCGUAAGAAAGAAGUUGGAUCUGCUGGCCAAAGAGUGCAGCUAGCACCAGUUGUGGAAACCGACUCCAAUUAUGCAUCUUGGAAAUCCAGCCGAUCGGAACUGGGAUAUCAGCCAUAUAAUCCUUCAAGCAAAAGCAUCAGUGGGUUAAUGCCACACGUGCAUCCAAUCCAUGGACGAAUUGACUGGUCGUCCAAAUAUGGAGGACAUAGAUGAAAAUAGAUCUAUAUAUCCUUUUGAUGCGUCAGGAAUACUACUUUUUUCAUGAUAUCUACUGAAUAUUAAUUUUAUGAGUGGGAAACUUGCCACAUUUAAAGUUAAAAUUCAAACAGUUGCAUUUUGGAAUAGUUAGUUUAUUUCCAUUAUAAUUCAUGUUUUUCCUACCCUUGGGAAAAUAUUUUUGCAAGAGCUUUUUUUGAAUAUUUACUGGUUAAUAAUUUAAUGCUUUUUUAAAAAAUCUUUUUGUACUUCUGUAUAUAUUGUGCAAUGUAUAUAACAAGUUUCAGGGUUUGUUUAUUAAGGUGCGUUAAGUAUUAUGUUAAAGGACAGGGUAAUAAGACACGUGCAGAUAUAUUUGCAUAUGAAAGAUACUCUGACAACUCUGAUUUGGAAUGCACUACAUGUGGGAGUUAUUGAAAUUUGUCUGGCAAUUAGGCAUUUUCUUAAAGGGAGAAUUUAUUGUAAAGUUUGAAGUAUCCUUGAAAAACAAACUUGUUGAGUAAUCUAUUUUUAAAAAAUGGAAGAUUAAAAAUAUUUGCAUUGCUUUCUAUAUCUUUUAAGCACAAAGCAUUCCCUUUCUUGGGAAGACUGCAGUUCUACCCUGGAUGCCUCCUGAUGUUACUGGCGAAAAGAAAAUUGCACUUUCUUUGUAUUGGGGAAGAUUUCCUUCCUCUAAGGGCUCGAGUGAUUAAAAUUUUGCCACAUGGAAAAGUCUAACCACAAACCUUUUAUCCUGCCACUAAAUGACAACAGCACAUUUACACCCAUGCCCUCCACCACUGUCCAUCGCUGCCUCCUCUUUCCAUAUCCAAACCCUCCUUCAGUAGCUUUUAGUUGGCACUGGAACUAAUUUAUAGGGUUACUUCCAUUAAAGAUUGGCCUCACAAUGUCUUUACAGCAAAAUGAGGGGUGAUUGUUAAGUUUGUGUCCUAAGGUAGAAGGAGUCAAUUUUUGAAAACCUAGCACAUUUAUUUUUCAGCAUAGUCCCCUCCUACAUUUACACACUUA